CGAUCGAAAUACGGCGGCGUCAAGUGCAAAAAUCUGAAAUCAAAACAACCAUAAUUUGUAACAAAAAAGCGCAACGAAAUAAUGUAAACGAGCAAACAACAAACAAACAAGCAAAGCAAUGGCCGCUGCGUCCGAAACUCCCCCGGCUGAUGCCGCAUGGAUAAACUUCUGCGAAAGACAUGCCCAAGCGGCCGCUCAGGAUUUCUCCAAAAGUUGCGCUCAGUUCAUCAAUGUGAACUUACCCGAACACGCCAAGUCCACCGUCACUCACAAGGACUUCCUGCGAAAGUACCUCGAAUUCUUCAAAGACCAGUUUGAAAUGGACUUCAACAAGAGGCGGUUACACAACACUAAAAUAUCGAAUGGGGUGAGUUCGAAGAGCGAGGAAGAACCAUUAGAAAACGAAGACGGGUCACCCAAAAUGCAACACAAACCGUUCUUUAGAAGACUCAGCUUUAAAGUGCUGAGAAAAAGCAAAGACUUAUUCCACAAGCAACAUUCAGAGGACACAGACCUGACUCACAGUAAAACUAAGCUAGCAAAGAUCGUCGUCGAAUGCAGGAAGGAAGGUAUAGUCAAUUACUCGACUCCGGAAAGCCUCGACCAGCCCGGAGGCCCCCCGAAAUGGGAGAAAUGCCGUUUACAACUAGUAAAAGCCACUGGAGGUUACAUGCUCGAGUUCUAUUCGCCCCCAAAGAAUCAAAAACCCCGAAGCGGAGUGUUUUGCGCAUUGAUAACAGAAGCCAGAGAAACGACUGCUUUAGAAAUGCCAGAUCACGAGAACACCUUCGUAUUGAAAGCCAGCAACAACAUGGAGUUUGUGAUCGAAGCCCUAGACACCGACGACAUGAGAUCCUGGCUGGCCACCAUUCGAUACUGCAUGAGAUCAGGCCCCAGCGGUCAAGAAUCCUCUGCCGGAGAACACAAAGACUACCAUCACCCCGAAGCGCCGGACCUGCCUCCGAGGCAUCUGGCUGGCCGAGGCGGCGACCGGUUGUCGUCGAGCUCGAACUUCGAGAUUUGUCCGAAUACCGGUGAACCGGUGAAUCCUAUGGAGAGUGAUAUAGGGCAGACGUUGAAGAAGGAAUUGUGGUUUCACGGCAUGCUGGGCAGGACUGAAGCCGCUCAGCAAGUACUGCACGACGGGGCUACGGGACAUGGAAGGUUUUUGGUCAGGCAGAGCGAAACUAGGACCGGAGAAUUUGUGUUAACCUUCAAUUUCCAGGGACGUGCGAAGCAUCUUCGAAUGACAAUAAACGAGCAGGGCCAGUGUAGGGUCCAGCACUUUUGGUUCCAAUCGAUCUACGAGAUGCUGGAGCACUUCCGAUCGCAGCCCAUUCCGUUGGAGAGCGGCGGCAAUUCGGACGUGACGCUCACCGAUUACAUUCUGAAUCCGAACGCGAGACAGCAGCACCAAGGUUCGACGGGCCGGAGCCCGACGGGCGUCGGCGUCGCGGCGCCACAGCCGGCGCUGACGAACGGACAGGGCCAGGAGCGCCGGGCGCCGCCCGUCCCCGAACCCAGACAAGUUCAAACGCACAAUGGGAGUGUUAGAACUCAGGAGACUUCGAUCGAGCAAAUUCAGGCUGAGGCUUCAAAUAGGGCCGUUGAAAAUCAGUAUAGUUUCGUAUAAGUAACUGUAUAAAGGGAACUUCAUCGGUUUUCCAUAUAUAGCUCGUCUUACUUUACAGACUUCUUAGUUUGUGAAACCAAAUUAGUUUUCUUGUGUAUAAUAAAAAAGCUGCCAAAAAACCUACGACAAUCAUUCGAAUUGUUUUUAGGUUUAAUUAUAUAUGGAAAAUCGAUUAUUAUCACAUGUUAUAGUCACAAAUUAGGAAUUGCAAUUACUUCUUAAAAUUUUUCAUGUCUUAUUUGAAAAUGUAUUUAAAAUGAUAGUGUUCUUUCUCAGGGUUAUUGUUUCUUAACAAUUGUUGGAAAUAUUACGCAGACUGUUUUAGGAUAAGAAUAAUUUCUAGAUUAAUAAGUGACUAAUUAAACGAAUAUCGCUUUAAAAAUUAAUUAAUUCAUUAUAGCAAUUAUGGAAUAAAGUUAAUUGUGACGUUUAACUUUUGUUCGGCUCAUCCCAAACACGCUUUUUCUUUUCAAUUAAGUAACAUCCUUUUCAUAUGCCGAGCGGACAACUCCG